AGUGAAUCUGCCAACAAUUUCUCAGUCGCCGCUUAAAAAAUCUACCUAAAAGAAAUGAAGAUCUCCAACUGCAUUCUGAUUCUUACAUUUGCGGUUUACCUGGAUUGUGUUGAAUGUCGCGAAGAAGGUCCGAGGCCACCACCACCUCCUGUCGAAUGGAUUUCAGUGUCUAUUGAUGGUUACCCAGUGCUAUUUACAAGAGAUCCUUGGUCUGGGCGGGUGACCGAUAUUCACCUUUUAACUGGGAAUCAGGCUCGAGCAACCAGUCGAGAUGUGGGCAUAAGGCGUAUCACUAAUGAUUUGCAUAGUAUGGAUUUUGUUGUUUUCUUCAAUCGUCACACUGGAGUAUGGACCGCACUAGCCCCCAUAACUCCAGAAAUCGAAGAACUUUUAGAAGAAGAAGCAGAACAUCAUGGCUAAAUAUGAAGAGUAUAAAUUGGAGUCCCGAUUUACUGGGUGUUCCAGGGGUACCCUCAAUGGCCUUUACAGUAGAUUGAGAUUCUCCAAACCAUUCUUCUUCUCCUUCUUGCGUGUGGCUUCUCACAGUGCCGAUACGUAAGCAGCGCAACUCCACUGACCUUGUAAGCGCCUUUAUCUCACCCCCUUGGAACACGUAGUCC